AUGGGGAACAUAACUUGCGUCCCCCAGGCACCUGGGAGGUUCAGGCACUCGUUCAGAAGGAAACCUUCGCUGAAGAAAGAGCAAAAUGGCAAGAAAAAACUGCCCAGCUUUUUCGGUAUAGACGGAGGUGGGGAGAGAGAUACAACCACAGACAAAAUCCUGCAGUACAUCCCAGGAAAGCACAUUCAGAACCAAGAAAACCAGAAAGAAAACCUGGACCAGAGGUUCCCCAGCCUAUUCAAGAAGGGAAGGAGGAAAACAGUUGUCAGGAACCUGGGGAAAAUCAUCUAUUACUCCAAGGUCAAGCUAAAGCUUCAGCACUGCCAGGAGGUGAAUGACUGCUACCUGGAGCUGUUCCAGUCUUACCUGUACUUCCAGUCCAUGGGCUUCAACGGGCUCGCCUACCAGGGACUGCUGCCUUUGAAAGAGCUGAACGUGUGUGAAAUCGAGACUGGGAAGAGCCCGGGGCAGGAGGAUCACGCCUUCCGCAUCAUAGGUCCUUUGCUGAAUCCCCUUAUCGUGUUCUGCCCGACUGAGUCAGAGCUGAAGCAGUGGCUUUACCACCUGGAGAAACAGAUCCACCUGAACGGAGGGAGCCUGGGCUUGCCCUUCCUCUCUCAGGAUGACUGGCAGCAGAGCUCCAUGGGGAAGGAGGAGCUGCGGUGGUCCGUGCAGAACAUGCCCGUCCAGGAGUGGAGAGGGACCCAGCGGGAAUCCCUCGGCAACGUCCUCUGUGCUUCCAAAGUGAAGCUUCAGCACUUGCCUUUCCAGGAGCAGCACGACCGGCUGCUGGUGCUUUACCCUUCCACCCUGGUGAUAGUGUCUGAAGAGCACAACACUUUCUACUUCAAGGGCGAGCUGCCGCUCAACGCCAUCCAGGUGUUUUUUGAAGAGAACGAGAAAACCUCCUUUUUGAUAGAAGGCCGGCUGAUCAAUUCGAUCCGGGUGAUCUGCCACAGCUAUGACGAUUACCGGGAGUGGCUCGACUGCCUGAAAACAGCCCAGUUUCGAAACGCCGACUCCUCCCUGUCCGGAUCAGAGAGCUUUUCGGGAUCAAAGCAGCCACACCUCGGCCAGCUUGGUGGCAGCGGGAGAGGCUCGCUGGCCUCCGAUGGCCGCACAAACUCCUGGGCAUCCGGAGGGAAAGGGGCCACCUUGACGCACCUCUCCCAGAACAGCGGCUCCUUCCACGACGCACAGUCCUUCGUGCUGCUGUCGGAGGGCAGGGUGCUGGAGGACUCGUUCAGCUCCGGCUACUCCCAGCCUCUCCACUGCCUGCCCCACGCCAACUGGCCGAGCACGGGGCUGCCCACGCAGGAGCUGCGGAGGGGUGGCAGCGCCAGGAAAUCCAAAGGCAGAAGCGGCCAGGACGCGGAGAGGACGGCGCGCGGCCUCAUCCCCGAGCACCCCGGCGGCGAGCUCGUGCCCGCGGCGUACAGCGAGCCCUACUCAGCAAUUAACUCAUGGCAUCGCCCCACGGCCCCCCCGUCGCACCCGGAGCUGAGCAAUGUCCUGCAGUGCCCGAAGACCUCCCAGCCCCUGCCCAGCAGACACUGGAGGGAGAUGCCCGGGGCGCAGAGACCUCCCCAGCCUCCUGCUGAUGCUUCUUACCUUUCCAGUGGCUCAUCCCUGCCAGAGGAACAUCUGGGCCCCUUGCUGCAGCCACCAGGUGACAGCAGCGGCGCUUACGACCUGCCGGAGGGCUGCUCGCGCCGCGGCUCCGCAGCCUACCACGACUACGCCGAGCUGCAGAGCUUCCAGAGCGACUUCAGCUACGACAACCUGUGGGAGGCCGAGGGGAGGGCGCCCAGCACCCCGCGGGGCUCCCCAACGCCCAGCCCGCAGUUCUACCAGGCCUGAGGAGGGGUCCCACGGCCAGGCACACAACAGCCCCCGGGCUCUUUUCCCCCCCUGGGCUUCCCAUCCCGGCGGGGUGCAGGGAGCAAAGGGAGGGGAUCUGUGAUGAAUCCUAAGAAUUGCUGUUAAGCCAAACCUUCCCCCUUGAACUCUGAGGUCUGGGAAGAUGUAGGGGACGUGCCCGGCACAGCGCGUGAGAUC